CCCUCCACCGCUGCCGUCAGUCGGGCCAUGCUCCCUGAUGCUGCCAACCCAGCUGGCAACGUUCACGGUGGCACCAUCCUCUCCAUGGUGGACGAGGCUGGUUGGACUGCCGCAACCCGAUACAUGAAUCAAAAGCACACCAAGGAUGCCAAGCCUGCUUGUGCUUCACUGGCCCGCAUUGAGAAAGUGGACUUUCUCAAGCCCAUGUUUAUUGGUGAGAUUGCUGAGGUGACAGCGCAAGUGACGCACACCUCACCCCACUCGAUUGAGGUUGAGGUCAAUGUCGUGGCCGAGAACGUCAUGACGGGACAGAAGCGCACAACCAACCGAGCUCGUGCUUGGUACGUGUCCAAGGAGUUUCGCAACGGUGGCAACGCCGAUCCUGUCAUGGCCGUCCCUCGGAUGAAAUACGCUUCCGAGGCCGAAAUGCAAGCCGGUCUUGCCCGCUAUGAGAAGCAAAAGCAAUCUCGUACGUGCCAUCAUCGCCCACCUGACAAGUCUCGCGAUGAUCGUGACACCAUCGCGAGCCAGCAUCCCGUUGAGGAGGGUGAUGCCACUCUGAUUCACGUCCUGCAUCCCAGCGAUUGCCAUGCGAAUGGUGUCGCACAAGCCGGUGCUGUCCUCAAGCUGAUGGACACAGCAGCUGGUGUCGUCUCAGUCCGUCACUGCCGCUCCAACGCUGUGACUGCAUCUCUCGAGGCUGUUGACUUUAUGCUUCCCCUGUACAACGGCGACUUGCUUGAGAUUGCAGCGCGCCCCGUCUUCACUAGCAAACGGUCCAUGGAUGUGGAGGUGAACGUGUAUGCGCAGUCCUUGAACAAGGAAACCAAAUCCUUGGCUGCGACUUCCAUCUUCACCUUUGUUAGCCUGGACCGGAGCUACCGCGUGCAGGACGUUCCAGCCUUUGAGCCUCGGACCGAUUCUCAGCGCGCACGCUUCGAGCUCGGACUCAAGCGCUACGAGACACGCAAGGCCGAGCGC